AUGCCCGCACCGUCUGAGUUUCUCACUUACAUUGAUACUCACGCCGACCAGUUUAUUAACGGCCGGCUGACGGAAGCAGUGAAGAAACCCAGCAUCAGCACAGAUCCCAAUCAUAGACAGGAUGAUAUCGAUAUGGGUCUAUGGAUCAAAGAUCAACUUGAGUCGUUCGGGUUGACGACCACGGCUAUCGACCUUGGUCCUCAGAUGAACGAUGGACAGACAGUCAUGAAAGGUGAUGAACCCUUACAGUUGCCGUACCUGAUUCUCGGAAGAGCCGGAGAAGAUCCGGAGAAGAAGACCGUGCUUGUCUAUUGCCACUACGACGUUCAACCUGCCGACAUGAAGGACGGCUGGAAGUAUGACCCGUGGACCUUAACAGAGACUUCGACACAUCAGCUUUACGGGCGUGGCUCCACGGACGAUAAAGGACCUCUCUGCGGCUGGCUAAAUGUCCUAGAGGCACACAAAAAUUGUAAUCUCGAUCUUCCUGUCAACCUGCGCUUUUGUUUCGAGGGGAUGGAAGAGAGCGACAGCGAGGGUCUUGACAACUGGAUCAUCGCCGAAGCCAAGAAGCCCAAUCACGGGUGGUUUGCAGGUGUCAACUGCGUCUGCAUAACCGAUAAUUACUGGCUAAACACGCGUUCGCCGUGUUUGACGUACGGCGUUCGUGGGGUAGUCGCCUUUGACCUGAAUAUCGCUGGCCCCCAAGCGGAUCUCCAUUCUGGCCUUUUUGGAGGCAUGGUGUAUGAACCUAUGACUGACCUGGUUCAUAUCAUGAGCAAGCUCGUUGCUCCUAAUGGGAGGAUUCUAAUUCCCAACAUAUAUGACGGCACAAGCCUGCAACCUGGAGAAAAAGAAGAGUAUGAGAAGUUGGAUUGGACUUUAGAUGAUCUCAAAGAGAUCACUGGUACUGACGUUGCGCUUUACGACGACAAAGCAUCAGAACUCAUGGGCCGCAUGCGCUUCCCUUCUCUCUCGUUACAUGGUAUAAAUGGUGCCUAUUCGGACAGUGGUUUCAAGACGGUCAUCCCACACAGUGUCACUGGGAAGUUCAGUGUUCGUAUAGUUCCUCCCCAGGACCCAAAGCAGAUCGCGAAACUUGUAGAAGACUACGUGAAGCAGGAAUGGGCUCUCCUGCAAUCCAAGGGCUCGAUGUCUAUCACUACAUCGGGUGAAGGCAAGCCUUGGAUCGCGAAUAACCAGGAUUGGCACUUUUCGGCCGCCGCGAAGGCCACUUAUGAAAUCUAUCAGACACAGCCAGACCUGACUCGCGAGGGCGGCUCCGUCCCAGUCACUGUGACAUUCUCCGAGGCGUUGGGCAGUAAUGUUAGCGUUCUCCUUCUCCCCAUGGGGAGGAGCGACGACGGCGCUCACUCGACAAACGAGAAGAUCGACAGAGCCAACUUUAUUGGAGGGAGUAAGUUAUUCGGGGCCUAUUUGUACGAGGUUGCCGCGGCAACAAUCAGUUCUUGA